UGCUCUCUCUUCUAGGACAGCAGCAACAAUUCCACUUUGCCUUCGGUCAACGGCCCUUCCCUUUCGCAGCGUCCGACCCUCUGUCUGGAUUCAGGAUGCCACCCAUAGGAAAUUGCAAUAAUAUGCCUCAAUUUGGUCUGAGUAGUACAAAUUCACACUGGGGUUACAGUACUGCGGGUGCGUACUCCCCAUACUUCACAUCGAGCGCGUUGGGUUCUUGCGCAGCGCCGACUUCCCAGUUCAAUGCUCCAGCUCUGGGAUUUUCAGGAAGCGCGCCUGAUCAAUCGUCCACACAAGAUGCCUUCACCACCAGCUCAUCAGUUAGUUCUUUGAUCCCGGAAGCUGCGACUACAGAUCUGGACCAGCAUUUGGGCUUAGUUUCCUCACAAAACCACACCAACCAUUCUCACUCUAGCACACAUCCUUCAUCUCUCCUAGUGCCACGAUACUCCACAAAUCAUACCGAUUUCACCCUACCAGGACCAAGAUCACUCUCUGACAACUCCAGCGCUGCAGAAAGUCCCGUCCAAGAUGAUCUAUUGAACCCGCAGACCAGUCUGGGGGUGAACCACGUGAACAACGCGAACUUCUCCCUGCACCAAAAUAUGUCCCAGGGAUCUUACACCGCUGGUAAUUGUAACAAUUCUAUAUAUCCUGUUCUUCCCGGUCUACUGUACUCACAGCUCUAUUCCGCUGCUAAUCAGUCCCACAACUUCCACUCCCUUCACACCCACACUACCCAUACGCAGCACAAUGACAUACAGAGUGUGAUGGAUCAUCUGUCCACAAGCAAUCAGCGGCAGAUGGUGAAUGGCAGUACAGAUCUUUUGCUGAGCAACAGUGGCUCAUGCGCAGCCGCAGCAGUGAGGCAGGAUGAUGGACACAGGGUGUUGAGUUCCAACGGAGGUCAAAGGGGACCUGGACAAAAUAGUGACGCUGUGGUGUGGAGGCCGUAUUAAUGUGGAUAUUUGUCACAACUUCAGACGCUGGUUUGGCAUUCAGAGAACAGAAAUGUGGUUCGUGCCUCCAUCAUGAGACCAACUCUGUUCAUGAAAGAGAUUUGAAAUUCCACAGUAUAAAAAGGUUUCAGUGAACUAAAUGCAGUGAGCCUCUCCUAAUCGAUCCGACAAAUUGCUAGUAAGCUGUGAGGUUUGUGUGAAAGAACCUAACCAGAAACGAACUGACUCUCAGAUUUGUGCAAUAUUGUUUAUAUUUGUUUUUAGUCAUUUUCAAUCAGAAUUGAUGUUUUUAAUAGUUACGAUAUAUAACAGAAAAGUGAUUUAUCAUGUGCAAUCUGGAUCUUUACGUACCUAGGCUAAAAUGAAGAAUUACACAAUCUUAGUCGCAACUAUGUAUAUAGUCUUUGAAAGUGGCAGUCACAAAUAGUCUCUCAUAAUACCGAAGUUCAGGGAGAAGAUAGAGUGAUUGUUCCUUCUGCGAUGUACCAUAUGCUUUAACUAGAGUUAAAUUUGUAAAAAUGUUUUAUUUGUUAUCAAACAAGCCUAACUAUUUUUGUUGAGAUAUGUAACAUAACAACGAUCAUGCAAAUAAAAUUUGAAAAAUCA